AAGAAAAUUGGGAAUAUUACGCUAAUGUUGAUCCUUAUGCGGGUUUUGUAAAAGAUGGCUAUGCUGAGAAUGUUCAGGUUCAUGUCAAAGGAAGAGAGCUUGAAUAUACUAGAACACUUCGAUUUCUCUGUUCCAUUGACCUUUCAGGAAAUAACUUUGUUGGAGACAUUCCAAAAGAGUUGAUGAAUCUUUCAGGUCUACAAAACCUGAAUCUAUGUGGAAACAAAUUAGAUGGGCAUAUCCCUUGGGACAUUGGCAAGUUAAAAUCACUAGAAUCACUGGACUUGUCUAAAAAUGAUCUCUCUGGCUCCAUUCCAUCCAGCAUUUCUGAUUUGAACUUUUUAAGUUACUUGAAUUUGUCAUUCAAUCACUUAUCUGGGAGAAUUCCUUUGGGAAACCAACUUCAGACUUUGGAUGACAAAUCCAUCUACAUUGGCAACGAUGGACUUUGUGGACCUCCAUUGAAUAAUUGUUCAAAAGAUGUAGAAGAAUUGCCUAAAGUUCCCGAAAAAGUUGGGAAUAGGGGAAAAGAUGACUCUGAAAUGCUUUGGUUCUACAGUGGUUUGGGAAUGGGCUUUGUGGCUGGAUUUGUUGGAGUUUGUGGCGUUUUGUACUUUAAUGACUCAUGGAGGUAUGCUUGUUUUCAGCUAGUUGACAGAGUUUACAACAAGCUUUGGGUAACAGUUGCAAUUAAGGCAAAUCACCUGAAGAAAAAGCUUCUUAGAAACAAAUUUGAAGGGAAUGCAUGAAAAGGAUCCAAGGUUGCUGCAGAUGUUGAGAAAAUUUUAAAUAAAGCCCUAGUCAAGAUUGGAAGAAUGGAAGGCUGCUGACAUGCAUUUCUAGAUAAUUUUCUUUGAAGGGUAUAAAUAUUUUUACGUUUUUGUGUGAUUGUUUUCAGCAUUUGAUAACCUCCUUGUACUUUUUCUAAGGCAUGAAAUGUUGCCCAUUGUGUAAUAAAACUAAAAGUACUCAUUAAAACAUGUAUUAUUUC